GUAAAUUACCAGAAAUUACCGCAACUUUCGUGUUUCGUUCUGUUCGAACCGUCGAACGGAGCUUUUUUCAUGCUACGACAUGCGCAAAACGUGUUUUCACUUGUCAACAAACAAAUGGUUAUCACUGAUAACCACCGUACUUGCGAGUUUUCUAAACGAUCAAUUUAUUGAAAUUUUUUUCACCAUUUUCGGAAAUCGGAACACCGUUUCUUUGAAAAAUUUUCGACUUAUGUACGAGGAUAAUCUGUCAACGAGAUUAUAUAUUUUGCGAAAUUUUAAUGGUUAAAUUUGUGUGCGAGUUCGUUUAUCAGAAUGAUAAACGAAAUACCGACGAUUUUGACUAUCGUAGGAGGGUACAUACUUACUUCUGCGUUUUUCUUCAGGUAUCCAACAUUAAUUCAUAGAAAGAAGUCGAUCAAGUUCAUCGCCAAACAUAUCAGUCAUCGAGGAGGUGCUGGAGAAUACUAUGAAAACACGAUCACAGCAUGCAAAAGAGCUCAAGAAUUAGGAACCGAUAUGUUGGAAAUAGACUGCCAUAUUACUAAGGAUAAACAAGUAGUGGUAUUUCACGACAGUAAUCUUCGAAGAUUAACUGGAAUCGAUAGUAAUGUUUCGGACUUGAAUUAUAACGAAUUACCAUUGCUAAAGAGCGUCGUAUCGGUGGAUUUUGUGCCAGGAUAUUAUUAUAAAAAUGAAAAUUCGAAUAUGGCCGAUCGAAGAAUACCAUUGUUAGAAGAAAUGUUCAAAAUGUUUGUCAACGUACCUAUGAAUAUUGAUAUAAAAACCGACGACGAUGAGUUGAUUUGUGAAGUAUCGAAACUCAUCACACGUUAUAACAGAGAAAAUUAUUGUGUAUGGGGAAACGCGAACUGUAUAGUGAAUGAUAAAUGUUUUGAAGCUAAUCCAAAAGUGAACUUAUUUUUUUCGAAGAAAAGAGUGUUUAUGCUUUUCUUAUACUAUUAUUCGGGAUUACUGCCAUUUAUGCCAAUCAAAGAAACUCAUUUAGAAAUAUUUUUACCUUCCAUUUAUACAAAUCAUCCAGAUUAUCAAAAAUUUGGAGUUAUUUCCAAAUUAAUGUUACAAUUUUUUGAUUACCUCAUGAUUAGAAAAUCACUUUUUUUACAUCUAAGAAGAAGAGGCAUCCAAGUCUACGUGUGGGUUUUAAACGAGGAAAAAGAGUUCGAAAAAGCGUUCAAAGCUGGUGCCACGGGUGUUAUGACAGAUUUCCCGACGAAAUUAUCGACUUUCAUGAGAGAAAACGAAAUACUCAUUCAAGAAGCUCAAAGUCUAUGUGAAACCUUGUAGAUGCGUUCUAAAAAAAAAUUAUUUCAAGUUUUAAGUCAACAAUUAUUAUUAUUUCGAGCUGAAUAUUUUUUCAAGAAAGUAGGUGGAUCUAGAUACCAUAUUUUGAAUGGAAAUUAUCUAAUCGAUAGUUUUCGAAUAAUGUGAAUGUACAAGGUGUUCGAAAAGUCGUGUUCGGUUUCUGUAUUUCAAGUGGAUGUCAUUGAUGUUGCCUAUCGUUGAAUUUGCAGGUACAAAAUAUCUAAAAAAUGCGUUUCGAAAUAAGGUUUCGUGAUUGGAUUACUGAUUGCAAUUUUUUCUGGUUUCUAAAUGGUAUUACUCCUUCGAAUUCAGAGAUAGACAACAUGUUCAUUUCAUUUUUUCAGAUUAAAUAAUCUCAUGUAUCAAUCACGGUACUUCUCGAACACCUUGUAUGUGUAACUAGUCAUUAAAUUAUAUUAAUUGUACGCAAAUUUAUAGAGGAUGUGUAAAAUUUGUUGUUUUAUUGAUAUAUUUACCGUAGGUAUUAUCUAUUUUUAAAUUACGUUCGUUCUAACUCGCGAUUUAAUUCAUCAGUGGAUCCCCAUACCUCGCUUUUUGCAGUUUCACUGUACGCACAAUAUAAGAAUACCUAAUGCUAUUUCUGUAAGAAUUUCGUCUUAAAAAAAAAAUUUCGAAUAACUUGAAAACCCGAGUCAAUUAAAAAAAUUAAAAUACUGCGACUAUUUCAAAGUUAACUCAAACUUUAUACGCUUAAUUUUUCAUUUAUUUUUACUUUUUAGUACCUCUAACUUAUUAUUACGUUUUCGAUAUAUAGGUACUUUGAAAAUGAUCAAAUAUGUAUACUCAUGUAAAGAUAUAUUAAAUAAAUAGUACGUUCGUCGUUGAUAA